AUGGCAACUGUCUCUGGGACAGAGUUCCUGUCCAAAGUCAGCACAAGCACAUCUGGGAGUGCCGGUGGCUUCAGACAGAAUGACCCAAGUCUGAGGAAGUGGCAGUCAUUGUCCCAUCUGGUGCCUGAGGGUGCUACACGAACCUUUCCUCCAUAUCCACGGGCUGAAUUAAGGGCUGCCCGAGGUGAAAGCAGCUUUAGACAAGCAGAAGGGGUGCAUUGGCUGCAGGAUGCUCAUGAGCGUUUAGACACUCAGCUGGACCGGCUGAGGACCAGAAAUUCACAGCUGAGCUACAACAUAACUACUGCACAACUGCUUGACAUGAAACACAAGCUGUCAGAAACAAUUGGUGCUCUUGUGCAGGAGAAGGAGGCAGCUAAAUUAUCACAGUUUGAAAAGGGCCGGAAACGCGGAGAGCUUCAUGAUAAGGUCCUACAGCUGGAGAAGGACCUCAUGCAAAUGAGAUGUACUUUGAAGGGAGGAAGCAGUGAUCAACCAACCGAAACAAUACCAAUGAGUCAAGAAGACUUUAACAGACAGGAGAGGCAGAAGGUUGACACAGAGCUGUGCAAGCUGAGAGCGGCUGUGAGAGAUGCUGAGGCGAGGGCAAAGACACAAGAAGAAGAACACAACCAGGCCCUCCAGAAACUCCAGACUUCUACAGAGACACAGAGGAUGCUGUUGAAUCAAAGAGAGGAGAUGAAUCAAAAAAGACAGAAUCAGUCUGAAGUGCAAGAACAGCUGAUUGAAGCUAACAACAAGAUCAGUCAAGCGUGCCUGGAUAAAGCCAUCUUGUCGACUCAUGUGCUUAAGAUGGAGGAUAAUGUAAAGGAACUGAAGGCCAAGCUGACAGGGGCUCUGUCUCACAAAGAUCUCUUGAUCCAGGAGAAAGCAGAUCUGCACCAGAGGGCCCAUGUCCUGGACUUGCAGCUGCAGACAGCCCAACAAAGUUCUGAGGGUUGUUACACUGAGCCUCAAAACAACAAACAGGAUCAGGAAACUGUUAUGAUGAAGGGAGAAAACAAGGCUCUCAGAGAGGCAAAUGAAAAGCUGACAUGUGAGCUGGAAAUGAUUAAGCAGGAACUGAAAACAUCACAGUCUCAGCUACAGGAGGUAACGGCAGAGAGGGUCACCAGCUCCAAACAGAUCACAGCUGUGGAGGCAGAACGAUCUCAGCUGAUCAGAGAAAAAGAAGAACUGUUGAUUAAAAUGAAUGAAGGUGGACAUGAUGAGUUAGAGAAGAUGAAAGAAAAGUGCCGCCAGCUUAGGGAAUCUUUGGGAGUUUUGGAAUUAGAGAAACAGAAACUGCAAGAUCUGUGCCAGUGUUUGGAGGCUGAGGUCCCCGAGAAGAGGGAGAAGCAACAACUGCAAGAGGAGGAACAUCGAAAACAAGAUGCAGUGAGAGUCCAGAGCAUCGGGGAACUAAAAGCUGCGGCCUCACACUGGGCAGAGAAAUGGCAAAAGGUGGCUUUGACACUGCAGUCCACACAGGAGGAGCUAGAGGAGCUCAAACGGAACAACUCCAGGAACAAAAAGGAAUCAGACUCACUCCUACAGACUGAGCUUGAUGCAUGCAAACGAGAGCUGGAGAGGAGCAGGAGUCAGGCUCUGCUUCACAGAUAUAAAGUUAAAGGCGGUGAAGCCUCAGUUCAAACUGAGGACACAGAAACACAGACAGUCUUAUCACAAUCCUCUUUGUUAUGGGAGCCGCCAUCAGACUCCCACGGCAGCCAAAACAAAGCCCCUCAGGCCUCUGAAGAUGAUCAAGAUGGUGGAGGCCAAGCAAAUAUCUCAACCAUUGACUCACUGAAGGCCCAGCUGGAAGACAGCAGGAGAGGGACGAACAAGCUGCCAGAGGAGGAAACACUGUCAGUCCAGAAGCUUCAAACACUGGGGCAGCUUUACCCGGUUAAAGACGAGAAACCAUCUGUUGAAGGCAGGAAGGAUAAAAUUAAUGUAGAGACGGACCAGCAGAGGAGGAUGGUCACUGAGCAGUUGAAGAGUCUGUUUAAGGGGCAAGAAAGAAAGGAGGUGGGACAGGUUCACAACAGAUCAGCAGCAGGUCAGACUGGAGCCUACGCACCUCAAGACUGGUCCCAAACAUCUAAAGUUGUGAGGAAUCCAGGGGACUGGAGGAUCUGGCAGCAGAGCUCUGGUUUGAUGCCAGUGUUUGAGGAGGACGAGGAGGGCAGUGACUGGCCAACAGGGGAGGAGGGAAAGCAGGAAGAAGAGGCUCAUGCUGAGGAAAACUUCCACAACCAGAGCCAACAGAUGUCAUCUUUGAGUGCAGACAUCUGCAAUCUGAAGGCAAAAAAUGAGAAUCUGCUGCAAGCCACACUAACGUGCAAACAACCAAUUCAGGACUGCCCUCCUACUGCAAAGAAACUAUCAGACAAGUCUCGUCACUUUUCAGAUGAGAUUGACCUGCAGCAGAAAAGACCACCAUCCUUCUAUCCUGAUGGAAUAUUCCUGUCUGAGCUUGUAGAUAUAUGUAGCCCUGAUGAAGAUGAAGAGGAGGAAAGGGACAAAUGAUGUGUUUUGUUAAGACUCCUGCAUUGGGCAAAAGUUGCUAUGUACUAUUAUAAAGUGCAAUAAAGUCCUAGACCAGUAAUUACAGGGCGCUGCACCAGCCAACAUUGUGCCUUAUAACCUUUUACUCAAAUGAAAUUUUACAACUUCACUUCAAUAAUUUAAACUUGGUGGAUGCUUUUACCUCAGAUAAAAGUUUGACUAAAAGUCACCAAGCUGUUAUAGACAAAAGUGUGUGUUUAUUUGUAUGAUAUGGCGAUCAUUACAGAUGCACAUGAGAGUAUAUGUAUAUUUUGGAAAAGGAGGUUUCUCUUCAAUAAUGGGAU